AUGGAUUUUGAAACGUCAUUCGAGGAAUUUGUCGAGGAUAAACGAUUCAUUGCCUUAGAGGUAUCUGAUAACGAUGAUGAUUAUGACACUGAUUUAACUGCAGAUACUGCCGAUGCCGCUGAAGAGGUCGAAGACUCUGUUAUCUUGAAUAUGAGGGACUCUAAAGCAUCUUUGAACGUUAGCACCAGUAAUAGCACACCAAGAAAGACGAAUACCAGUUCCAAAAAAAGGUGGUCUUUAUUGUCCAACCAUUCCGCCGUUUCAUCAUCUAAAUCUAAAAAGAGGUGGUCCGUGCUUUCUUCGAGUUUUACUAGCGAAUCACACAAGGACAGAGAACCGAGGGGCGUUUUGCAGCAAAAAAGAAAGUCUUUACAAAGCUAUUCAAGUUUGGAUACAGUGACGUCUAGUAGCUCUAUUUCCGCUUCUUCCUCUUUAAAACGAUCAUCUACAGGACUUUCCCUCAGGCAGUUGUUUACGAAGAUAGGAAUCAAUGAUGAGACCCCACAGUCUGGGAUCGGGAUCCCAAAAGGUAAGGAGAAUUUACCUCCAACUUUGGGGAAACCCCCCUCAUCAAUGGUGCCCACUAGUUCAGAAAGCAGACUUAGAACCCCGCUGAAGCCGCUAGUUAAUCAUUCGAAAAGGCCCACUUUACAUCCACACUACCAACAACAACAGCAACAGCAACAGCAACAAACAUUGUGCAAUGCAUCAUUAUCCUCAAGAAGAUCAUCGGUUUCUUCCACCGCCUCUUCUGCCAGUUCUUCUAAAUGGAGGUUCUGGAAGAGGGAUAAGAAUACACCGCACACUAUGUUACAUCCGGAUCACCAUUCCUUAAAUUCCUUCUCGGCAAUAAACCGUCGUGAUUCCAUGACACCUAUUGAGCCAAGGAAUAAGGCCAAGCAUAAAACAUCUUUUUCAGACUUCCAUAAAGCCAUUUUUAACUCAAAUACGUAUUCGGAAAGUAAUGAUACAUUAUCAUCCAUGGAAACAACUUUAAAAAACAAAGCAUCAUCCUCAAGUUUAUCGUUGAAUGUGUUGAAGAAAAGAAGUUCGCAGUCAAGUUUGAAACAUAAAAGCUCACAUGCAUCCUUGCAAAAAUUUAAAAGAAACAAGGGAAAAACUUCCAUGAUGGCACCAUCAACAGUAACCAAUAGUAGUAAUGAAGAUUCAUGUAGCUAUAGUUCCAAGAACUCUAAGCUGAGCCAUCGAAUUUCAUUACCUGUACCGGACCAAGUUUCCCUUGAUAAAAUACAGAAUAAAUUAAGGAAUUCAAACUCUUUUCUUUCACUAAACUCCAAAUCAUCUUCGCCAAUGAACAAAAAUGACCACGAUGAGACACUUUUAAGACAGAUUUUGCAAAAUUGUGAUAUAAAAAGGAUUUUAAUCCCGUCAAAAGGAGAUAUAUUGCCUUUAAUUAACGAUAUAAAUUAUUCGUCAUCGAUACAGCUAACAUCACAUGUCUGGCAAAUUGGUGAAGUAAUCUGUAAGAAGGUAGCUCUGGGCCCUAUAGAUGACAUUACAUGGGAUAGAAAGUUCUUGUCUUUACAGGAAUUGGAGAAACUCAAGAUUAUGAAACAAAACUUCAAUGGCACACCACAACUAUUAAAAAGUUUUGUCGUUAAAGAGGCAAGUGGUACAUUGUAUCUUUAUCUACUGUUCAAAGAUCAUGGUACCCCAAUUUCAUUAAUCUCGCUGAAAAAUUGGAAACAGAUUCUAAAGAUCUUUUGGUCCUGUACAGGGAUUAUUCAUGGGUUGGAAACAAAUUUGAAAUUUGAACAUCGUAACCUGACAUUGGAUAAUAUUUUAAUAGAUGGUAAUGGGAAUAUAACAAUUAUUGACUUUAAAUGUAGCAGAUUGCAAACUCCUCAAGAUGAUGUACUAUGUCUACGCUUGGAUCAUCCGUUCUUUUUCCCGAAUGAGAAGGAUAAGAAUAAGAUAAAUGAGUAUCAAUAUCAAUUCGAGUUUGAAAUUUAUCAAAAUAUGCGAAUUUUGUUGGAUAUGGACGCGACAGCCUUUGAGCCUAUGACAAAUUUAUAUUGGUUAUACUACUUGUCACGAGUCUUGUUAAAGUUGGGUGACAGAAAGCUCGGUAAGAAUGAUACAAAUAGGGAUAAAAUGGUUAAGGUGAUAAGUCAUUUAGAAAUGAACUUGGCGGUUCAUAAAAGAGGAGGGCAGUUAUUCAAGAGGUUGGAGACGGCGGAUAUUAAGAGUACUGGAGAUUUACUGAAAUUUUUUAAAUGA